ACAAAAAAGACAAGCCUCCUGUGAAGGUAAAAAUGCAGACAUGCAGUGUUAAUUCACCAGGCUUGAGAGUAUCCAUAGAGAUUUCGGAUUCUUUUGUAUUUGAAGGUAAUGCUACUUACGCGGCUGAGCCGUCGUAAAAUUGGCAUAUGGCCAUCGCCACUACUCAGAAAUCUUAAACACCUCCACGGAAACGCCGGCGUCUUUCCGCCUGUAGACCAAUCUUUUGAGGUUCUGCUAAAGAAAUGCUCCACUGCAGCGCAUAUUCAUCAAGCCCACUGCUAUAUGCUCGUCCGAGCUCUGGAUCACGAUAACAUACUUCUCAAUCGAUUCGUCGCCACUCUCUCCGCGCUUGGGUUCUCCGACUAUGUGUAUUUCUCAGUGUUCUUCGCUCCCAAUCCGGAUAUGUACCUAUACAACACCGCCAUUGACGCUCUCGCUCGCCAGCCGCGUUUGUCCGAACAGGCCAUUAGCCUCUAUAAAAGGGCUCGAGUCAUAGGUUUGAAGCACGAUACUUACUCUAUUCCGUUUGUGUUGAGUGCCGUUAUCGGCGAUUGUGGAUUGAUAUUCACCGGCCGGCAGAUUCACUGCGAGGCUGUUAGGGCAGGAUUGAACAAUGAUGUCCACGUGGGGGUGUCGCUCGUACGUACGUACUCUUCUUGCGGGCUUGUUUCCGAUGCACGAAAGGUGUUUGAUGAAAUGCUUCAUUGGGAUGUGGCGCUGUGGAAUGCCAUAAUAGCCGGCUACGCCAAGGCUGGUGAUAUGGGUAGUGCAGCUGACUUGUUCCAGCGUAUGCCCAGGAGAAAUGUUGUUUCUUGGACUACUAUCAUAACUGGUUAUGCUCAGGGAAAUCAGUCUCAUGAUGCUAUUGCUGUUUUUCGGAGAAUGAUGGCUGAUUCAAGUGGAGUCAAGCCCGAUGAGGUAGCCAUGUUGGCUGCACUCUCGGCUUGUGCAAAUUUGGGUGACCUUGAGUUGGGUGAGUGGAUCCACACUUAUAUUGAGCAACAUCAGUUGCAGAGAACUAUAAGUCUUAAAAAUGCACUUAUUGAUAUGUAUGCUAAAUCAGGGAGCAUACAGAAGGCUGUACAACUUUUCGAGAGUAUGACCAACAAAAAUGUGGUAACUUGGUCAACAUUGAUCUCUGGGUUGGCUACUAAUGGCCUUGGAAGAGAAGCUCUCGACAUGUUUUCUCGAAUGGAAGGGACUGGAAUUAAGCCUAAUGAUGUGACUUUAAUAGCUGUACUUUCUGCCUGCAGCCAUGCUGGUUUUGUUGAAUUGGGUCGCUGGUAUUUCUAUACAAUGGAAGAAAGGUAUGGGAUUCAACCCAACAUUAAACACUAUGGCUGCAUCAUUGAUCUUUUAGGGCGUUCUGGUCGCCUUCAAGAGGCUGAAGACCUAAGUAAAAGAAUGCCUUUUGAAGCAAAUGCAGCUAUAUGGGGAUCACUGCUUGCUGCAUCUAGGAACCAAGCCAAUGCUGGACUUGGGGAGCGAGCUCUUCGGCACCUACUCAAAGUGGAGCCUCAUAAUAGUGGCAAUUAUUCACUUCUGUCUAGCAUAUACGCUUCUCUUGGUAGGUGGGAUGAAGCUAGGGCAUCAAGGAUAGUCAUGCGGGAUAUUGGUGUUAGAAAGAAGCCAGGUCAGAGCUCUAUUGAGGUGGAAAACAGAGCUUAUGACUUCAAUUCAGAGGAUAGGUCGCACCCUCAGCUUGAGGGGAUAUACAGAACUCUGCUGCAGUUAAAUGAACACUUGAAGAUGUCAAGGCACACAAUUUGGGAUUAUGACCAUCUGCUUGAUUCUGUUUCUGUAUAACAUGAUAUCCUCCUCCUAUGAAACUGGAGACAAAUCAUUGCAAACCCCAGCAAGAUGGGCUUGAACCUUUUUUCAGAAGAAAAAGCAAAGAGAUAAUCCAUCAAAUUAAGGAUUUUAUUAGAGCAUUUGGUGAACUGGUUGAUUGAUUGCACAUGGUUCCACCUAUUUCUGAUUCAUAAAUACCCCAAGGAUACUCUUACUUACUUUUCCGGGCCAAGGACAGCUAUACAGAUUCUCUUGAACAUAAAAGAGAGUUCAACAUUGCUUCAGUGACAUCAGUUGGCCUGCUAUACAAAAUUGGAGAACUUCUGACUUCUAUAAACAAGACAUGCAAUGCUCCCUGCCUGAAUUCUUGAUAUAUUGAGCCAUUUUCAUGUCUUUGAAGAAUUCUCAUUCAUUUGAAUAGGAAAGGCUCUUGUCCAUACUGACAUCAUAAUCUAGGUCUUGCAUGGCAUUCAAAUGCAGACUUCUUUCAUUCACAAUAGUGUAUUUCCUAGUAUUCUUUAACGCAACAACUUUGAUAGUAGGUACUUGUAGAGGUGCAAAGCCAAACCCAUCACCAGGUGCUAACUGUGUUAUCAACUGGUCAGACUAAAGCGUCAAAGCUUGGAAGAAGUCAUGCCCAAGGCCUAAACUUUGGAAUCCCAGUAGUACAAGAAAACUUACAAGUAACAUUUGGAUAUUCUGUUUCAAUGUGUUGCAUAAUCCUGUGGAAUAUGCAGUAAAAGCAAAAUUAUAUCCUGAGAGGAGAUAAAUAGGACACAGAAGAUAAAAGUGGUUUACCUGCAUAUUUUCUGUUUUUUGGUAAUACAGAACCAAACAUAUCCUUUUGAUUAGCAUCAUUACUUUGCAAGUCACGUAGAGAAUGAGCAGGGGCAUUUGCAUUUUCAUUGUCAUUAUGUUCUACAGCUUCAGUAGGCACAGCUUGGCAUUGAUGUUUUUCUUCUGAUGAAGUUAAUAUAUAUGGAUUCUCAGUGAGAAUCUUGCAUGUUGGGAAGUUGCUUUUCCCACUUUUCAAUGUGAAUGACCCUGAAUAUGUUUCUUUACUUACAAUUUCUUCUGCAGUCAUUUUAGAACCCUCCAAAUCAGCAGAUGCAGUAGAGUUGCUGUAUGUACACUGAUCUGUUAAGAAAGCAUACACCUUGGCUUGUUCUUUAGUUGGUUUCUCAUCUGUAUUGCUAGAUGUGGAAUCAGCAACGUUAUCUGAGAAGUCCGUCAACACCACUGAAGUUACAGUACCCUCUGCUUCUGAGACAGUUUCCACAUCCACCUUUGCAUCAGAGACUCAGCAUGAUGAGAUGAUGUUUUUCUACUUCUUGGAGGAAUUGAGGCCUUAACUCUUGGAGCUUGAUAUUCUACAGCAUUUUUGCCAGAUUUUUUUCUACUGCAAAUGGUUGGCCUCAUGAAUCUUGUUUGACACAUCACACUAUUGCUGUAAGAACUGGGGAAAUUUUCUUGCUACAAAAAGCAGUUCUUUGCAUAUGGGCCAAAUGAGAUGGGGUUAGAAUCUAGAUCCUGCCCAUGUUGGACACCAAAAUCUGUUCACAAUACAUUUUUAUGCAUCAAUCAUUGAUAUUCUGCUUCAAACUAUGUGCGUGUAAGAUCAAUGCCCAACUGAAGUAAUGAAACUAUGCAAACAUCUAGGAUAACUUCUGUUUGCAAGAAUGUGACGCUGACGUGUCUGGAGGGCAUGGAUGACAUCUCCUAGGGCAGAAAGAGAGAGGUUAAUUGCCUUUCCUUCUUCGAAUCUUCUUCCCCAUGUCUUUGUUUUUAGCACUCGUUCACUUCCCCCAAGAUCAAUCAUCCACAGUUUGUUUGUCUCCCUUCUCCGCUCAGUGGCAGUGGCACCAGAGCAAGAUAUGGAUAUGCGUAUCAAGCUGUAUUGAGCAGAUUAUGGAUAUGGUCAUUUACUUGGAUGCUCACCAGGCUUUCAAUUUCAAUGUCUCCACUUGGAUGUGUUUGAAUUGAAAGGCUGCACAUGCAAUAUUUUGUGCUGUUAUCAACCCAGGUCACAGAUUCUCAAAUAAAUGCAGAGUGGAAACUGCACGAGUUCAAUAUACAAGUGUAUCUAGGAAUUUCUCCCACCAGUCAUCUUGUCCUCCACACUGCCAAAGCCAUUCCUGAGAGACAGGGUUUCUUUUGCAUUGUCUUGAGUUUUUUUAAAAGGAAAAAUGACACUUUUGAUUGCUCAA